GCUGCCUCCAAUUUCUCUAUCGAUAAGCCCAGCCUAGGAAAUUUUGUCGAUGCCUUCGCCGCAGAUCUCGCCUCCAACGUCCAAUUCCACAACCAGCCACUCCGGUCGCGUCUCUUCACCCGCGCGGCUGUCCCCGACGACAUAAUGACUUCAGACACCCGCCAGGACUUCAAGUCCCUGCAGGAGGGCGUCCAGAAAUACCUCGUCGCCGCCGUCAAGACAGCAAACCGCGUCGCCGCUGAAGAUCUUUCCUUCCAGCGCACUGUCCAUCCCGAUGCCGCCACCCACCUCGACGAAAAGUCAGCGCGCCUCCUGCGUCUGUCGACAAAGCUUCUUCAGGCUGCCGGCAGCGCAUGCGGUGUCAAGGCGCCCAAGCUUGAAGAUGCCGAAGACAUUGAGAUGAAGUGGCAGGGCAUCGUGGAUGUUGUCGAUUCCGUCUUGGAAAAGGCCGACACGGCGCUCGACGAAUACACUGGCCUCAUUAAGAGAAGAGAUCCAGUAUCGGAGGCUGCUAGCACCAAGAAGCCAAAGUCUACCAACAAGGUCAUUCGAAACGCCAACGUUGUCAAGCCCCAGCUCUCUUUCCAACUCAAGCCCGACAACUUCCCUACCGGGCCCUGGAAGCCUAUUCUUACCAGCAAGCCUCAUGCGUCUGUUGCGUUUCAAGACAGCUUCUCCACUACCAAGGAUGAAAGUGGCGAACAAUACCAGCACCCAUACGUCGCCGAGAUCACACAGAUGACAUAUCCCGAUCAAGUGUACGAGGUUGCCGAACCCAUCAUGUACCAACCUGUCGAUACCACAACGGCCACUUGGGUCGAUACGUAUGAGGGAGUGCUCGACAUGCUCAAGCACUUGAAAAAGGCAAAGGAGAUUGCCGUCGAUCUGGAACACCACGACUUUCGUACAUAUACUGGUCUUGUUUCGCUGAUGCAAGUGAGCACCCGCGACCAGGACUGGAUCGUCGACACGCUCCAGCCUUGGCGCCACAAGCUGGAGGUUCUCAACGAGGUUUUCGCCGACCCCAGCAUCAUCAAGGUCUUUCAUGGUGCCUACAUGGACAUGAUUUGGCUGCAGCGUGAUCUGGGUCUUUAUGUCAACUGCCUCUUUGAUACCUUUUUCGCAUGUGAGCAGCUCUACUCUGGGCGCAGUCUCGCAUUCUUGCUUUCCAAAUUUGUCAACUUUGACGCCGACAAGCAAUACCAGCUUGCCGAUUGGAGAAUACGCCCUAUCCCUGAAGAGAUGCUUUACUAUGCCCGCUCCGAUACCCACUACCUCCUCUACAUCUACGACCGCGUUCGCAACGACCUUGUCUCAUCAUCAGACAGAUCAAACCCGGAGCUUGACUACAUCGGCAUAGCUCUCCAACGAUCAAAAGAGCUAUCGUUGUCAAGGCAUGUACAUGCCGACUACAACGAAGAGACUGGCGAAGGCCCUCGCGGAUGGUACAACUAUGUGCUGAAGCAUUCGCAUCUCGCCUACAAUGGUGUCCAGUUUGCCGUCUUCCAGGCCAUUUGGAAAUGGAGAGACACCCUUGCGAGAAAGGAAGACGAAAGCCCAAACUUUGUGCUGGGAACGACAAACGUGGCUGAGAUUGCGCGCGUCAACCCGCCAGAUGCAAAGGCUUUACACUCUCUUCUCCCCCUCACCGCACCACUGGCUAGACAAAGAGUCAACGCCAUUUGGGAUUGCGUGCAAGAGGCUCAGUCCAAGGGUGGUCCCAGCCUGCUGCAAUUCUUUGCAGUCCAAGCACCAGAAGGUGUUACCAAGGCUGGUUUCAAGGGCUCGAGAGAAGUCACUGCCCUGCCAGAUCUUGAUGGUGCCGUGGCUGCAAACCGUCUGUCCAAGUCGAAGCUCUUUGGUGAUAUGCCCAUUAGCAGUAUUUGGGAUGGAUCCAAGCUGGUGAACGACGUUCAAGAGAGCCAGAUUCCUUUCCCUUGGCAAAAGUUUGUAGAGUCCAUGGAAGACCUGGAGGAAACCGAGGCUGUGGUGGUUCCCGAAGUGCCCACAGCUGACGUCUUGGAAAUUACACCGGCUCAGACCCCAACGGCCCCGGCCAAGCGUGCUCAACCUGAACCUAUAGAAGAUGAAGAAUUCACAUUAAAGAAGGGCAAGAAGAGAAAGUCGGACGUUACAGAAGAAGAAUCUGAGAGCGACGAUGACGACGACGAUGAAGAGGAGGAAGAUGGCGAUGAAGAUAUGACUGGAGACGGUGUCAUUGACGUGGACGAUGAAGCUGCCCAACAAAAGGCUGCCCUACUUGCUAAGAAGGAAAGAAAGCGUAUAAAGAAGGAAAGACGCCAGCUGGCUGAGCAACGCCGCGAGGCUAAGAAGCAGAAGAAGAGCGAGCAGCAGGAGACUACAACAAAGAGAUAUGACGCUGUGCCGUUUGACUACAGCCAGGCAUCGUCGGUAUUGCAUGCUAGUCGAUCUGCAGCCAAGGAUAAGGAGGGUGACAGAAAGGACAGGAAAAAGAAGAAGGCAUUCAACCCAUACGCUAAGAGCUCGGACGACGGUGCCAUCAAGGGCGCUCGAAAGCCGAUGCCCAUCAGAGGCGAGAGGAGCGCUACGUUUAAGAAGUGAAGAUGGGGAGAAUUCUUGGAUUAUAUGGAACAUAGAAAGCAUUGCUGGCGUUAUAUUUGUAUUUUUUGAGCUGAACAAUGUCACUAUUCGUUUUCCGAUGUUAAUAAUGCAACGUAUAUGUUAUUGAGUGAGGUGCUAAUAAGGCAACUGGUUCUGAGUGAGGGGUUGUUGUCUACCGACUGCCAACUGAAGAUGCGCAACCAGUGAUACACAAACACGCCUUUAGAAUAGAAAAAAUUGUUGUAUUUUGAAUUAAAUUCCGCUUAUUAUGUUCAAUAAAAAUUUGACAGUAGAAAAGGCAGAUCUGGUAUGAAUUGAGGUAAAGUGUUGUUGUUGUAAAGUCACGUGAUAUUGAUCUUGUGCUCACGACCUCCCCGAAUCUGGGGUCGAGCUUCAUCUGCAACCUCACGAGAUUUCCCCCGGAAUCUGCACCGCUAUCUGUACCUGAGCAUCCCAUCACGAUGGAUUGCAUCUAUAGAUCAUUUCUAGGAGAUGCUUUAUUAGCCCUUACUUGGCAGACAGAGACAAUUCACAGCGACGAUUGAAGAGAGAGGAGAAGAAGCAAGAGGCACUUGUUAACAAAGAAAAUUUUGUUGUUCGCAAGCCGAUGCAGUACACCGAGUUGGAAUGACGUUUUUUAUUUUACAGACUGCGUCUCUAGGAGACAUGCAUUGGGUUUCCCCCGACUCUAUGACAAAAGGGCAAAAACAAAAGACGGCCCUCCAUAUACAAAAGACACCGUCCCUUCCGAAUUCUAUUUUCCGUCUAUAACGUUCCCGGAUCUAUUUUUUCCUCUUCUCAAUAUUGGUUCGAGGGGGUUGAAUAUAAUAAUAAUGCGGCCGACAGAACAAACUUGCCGGCGAUCGCACACAAAAGCAUCGCUACACUCAUCCCCGAGAUAUUAAGAGAUGCAUCCCUUUGAGGGUAUCAAAGGGACCCAGACGCGCCGUGGGGUGAAGACGCUUAGGUGAACUUGGCCAUGAGGGCAACCAUCAGGUCGAAAAGACCAAUGGCUUCGACGAAAGCGAAACCAAGAAUGGCGUAGGAGAAGAGCUGGCCACGGAGGGCGGGGUUGCGGGCAACACCGUUGAGGAGGGCAGCGAAGACGAGACCGAUACCGAUACCAGCACCGGUAAGACCGAUGGCGGCGGCACCCAUACCCAAGUUCUUGGAGACCUCAACCAUGGCGUUGGCAAUCUCAGAAGAGUAAGCGCGGCGCUGGAAAGCGUUGCGGGUGGUGGCCUGGAGGAGCGUAGUAGCCUGCUGGCGCUUGAGGGUCUGGAGAGGAGAAGCAGAGCCUAUUGCAAGAGUAUGUUAGCCAAUUGUGUCUUUGUGUAUUGCGUGUUUUUUUCACUUGUAUGGGAAGCUUUUCAGCCAACACCACAAGAUGAAAAAAUGGCUCAUUGGUCGACAGAAAGGGAUCAAUUGGAUGCAUAUGAGGCCAAUUGAUGCCAAUUGAUUGCCAUUGAGGCAAGCAAAGGCUUGGUCGAUGAGAUUUCGAUGAGGAAGAUUGUCGAUGAGCUUGAAAAAAUCUCUCAGCUAUACGUACCAGUGAUGGUGCGCUUGGAAGCGGCGAUGGGGGCACGCAUGGCAGGGCGGACAGCCUUGGUGGCCAUCUGGGCGGCCAUGCGGGAAGCGACAACACGGGAAGCCAUUGCGAAGGUUUGUAAAGGUUGUUUUGGGGGAGAGGAGAUGUGGUGAUUGAGCUUUUGCUUUGGUGGGAUAAGGAGAGAAGGAAGAAGAGAGAGGAGAAGGAGGAGAAAAGGUGUGGGAGAAAAGGGCAGAAGAAAAGAACUGGAGCUUCGGGAAUGGAAAAACGGAGGAUCCACCAGAACGGCAGCAAGAAGUUUGAUGAGAGGGAAUUUGGGGGACGGGGAAGCGGUUGACUGAGGCAGAGAGGCAAGCAGAAAGGUUGUUCUGUCUACUACGACGAGGGAAGGGGACGGGGACCGGAAGGACAAGGCCUAGGGUGUGUGGGCGAGCGAGGGCAGACGGGGGGAGGGGGCGUGUGAGAAAGGGCCUGGGAAUGGAAGAAGAGCAACGAGGAAAAAACUGGCGAUGGCCUCACUAUCCAGGUUGAAGGGGCGAAUUUUUUGCGUGUAAGAGGGCGGAUGUGAUAAGAAGAGGCAUAGUGGUGUGGGCCGGGCAAUGUCGGAAGUGGAGGGGGGUGUGGGAGUUUUGCGACGCAACCGGAUCCAUCCUCGAUCUUGAGAAUUUUUUUAUUUUUUAUUUUUCUGGUGAUGGCCUCAGGUGAGAAGCCAGCAGCGAAUGGCUGGGACCAGCCAAAAAAAAAGGAGCCCAAGGGGUGGAGGAGGAAUGGUUGGAAUUGAUGCCGUUUCGGGACUAACGGGCCAUUUGAGUUUCGACUACAGUGCAGUUGCUCACUGACAACUCUACGAACGUACGAAAGAUAUAAACAGACCAGUAUAUCCCAUCUCUCGAUGAACGGCUCUCUCACUCUCUACCAGAGCAAUCUGCCAAACGGGCGUCUGCGUUGCGGCAAAUUAAGGCGCCCCCCAAGAGAUAGGAGACCUGAGUAAUGAUGGGCUGGGCAAGGCUUACAGCUGACUGAACAGGACACCAUCUGGCUGUGCAAGUUGUCUCCGGGCAAAGAGGCCUGGUAACUUGUCUCGCAUAAUUUGUUGAUUACAGCCGUCUUUUUUAUUUCAGCUGAAGCCUGCAACAAACAAAACACCGUUGUCCUGAAUUCUGGUUUUACUGUACGUACAGGCGGCUCUGCUCUCAUCUAGACGCCGCCGUUUACAAAGCCAGAUGGCUUUCUGCCCGAGGCCAACAGCAGAAAAAACUUUUUUUGGUCGGUUCUGCCGCUUUGGGAAAGGAGAGGGUCGUGUGGAAGCCCGUGAUUGGCCAGCUGUCGCUUCCGGUAGCCGCAAAAAAGGCAGCAAGGCAGCAAAUGCCUGCCAAAAAAAAAAUUUGAGAUGCGAGGCGCCACCUAAUCACUGGAGCCAGGGGUACCUGCAUGCGCUAGCAAACUGGGCGCUGCAGCAAGUACCGAAUGCCUGUAGAAGGCCGCCAGAAGAUAAAAUAGCGCGCGGCUGGGCUGCCUGAGGAAACCAAGGUGCCGGGACAGGGCUGCAGUAGACACACACACUUUCUCGCUCACACAUGCGCGCUAUUUCCCUAAGGCAGGGCAGGGCCAGGCGAGGCAUAUCUUUAUUUUUGGCCCGGUAGCCGAGAGAACGCUGCAAGAGAAAACAGACAGGGCGCCCACCAGCACAGCAUGCCUUCUGAGGACAAGGCAAUACCACGGCGAGCAGCAUAAAAAGAAUAAUAAUAAAAAAUGACGAGAGCCAAAACAAAGAACCAACCGCAGGGGACGUGCUAAUCACACGCCCCGUCGAGGAGGAAAACCAUGACACGUGGGUGGGCCUGCUGCGCAAUGACACCAUUUCCUUCGGUACCAAGCAGCGAGGUGAAAGGGGGCAAGGAGAUAGCGAGAGGCAUGCGCUGUAUUUUUGGAUGCAAAGCGCUGAAUACAGUGUACAGCGUCCACUGGAGAAGAGCAUCUCUCAGAAGGGCUAAAGCUGCUGUGUUGUUGUUGGAGCUCGAAAUGCUCACUACGGCGCAUCCAUAUGAAGGGGACAGCACCAGCAACAGCAACAGCUAUAAUAGCGGUAGCAUCUGCACUGUAGGCAGCCAGGCAGGCAGGAGAUAAGUGCUCAUUACCACCACCGCUGCUGUCACCUGCGUUUGCUGCUCAAUUGGGUGCUGCAGAUAGCCCCCAUGUCAAAUAUGGCUUGUAUGGUGCCAGGGGGUGCACUGCAGCAACACCAACAAACGCAGCAGCAAACGCAACUUGGCAGAAGAAAAACGAGGGCAUAUUGAUCAAUUGCUUUGCCUUUGUUGAUUCCAAUUAUCUCGAAAUUUUGGGGAUUUCUUUUCGCCUGUUACACCCAUAUAUCUUGUUCUCUCUCGGGUGCUCUUCCCUCGGGCCGCCCGCCAAAACAAUGGUGUGUCUAGCGGCCUAUCGACUAAGCCGCCGGCGCCGCCUCUGACGGGAAGCUUGUUUAGACCGCCCGCCCCCUGCUGCUAUGGCUGCUGAAGCUUGUUGCGCUUAUCCAUUACUACGCUGCGCAAGUUGCCGGCACUAGGCAGGGGUAGCUUUGACUAGGCGGCGUAAGGCUCGCUCUAAGCUCGGCGAAGGCAAGGAGAAAAAAAAGUCCGCCGACGCCGAGCUGGCGGCUAGAGCGAGCUUCUAGAAGAAUUGCAAGCUGCUCGCGCAAAAACUGGCAACAAAAAAGAGAUACUGCAGCUACAGGAUCAGCAGAGAAACAAGAGACGAAGAACAGAUGAGGUUUCGCUACAGCACAGCUCUCCAGUGGCCGAGCUUCCAGUUCCAGAGGGCGAAACAGCGCACUGGGCGAGAGGGAAUUAAAGGGAUACCUUGAUAGUGGGCGAGGUUCGAGGUUAGCGGUCCCAUACUGGUCCUCCACCAGAGGAGUCCCAUGAUAUCCAUCCAAGUCUCACAGUGGGUCGACAACAAUGGAGCAGCGCAACGCGACGAAAUACAAGUGAAAAAAAACAAAGGGUUUUUCUGUCUGGUUUACGAGAAACUAUUCGAUUUUUCUAUAGUUUUUUCGACUCUGAUAUCACAAGUCCCGAUGGCCUGCACAUCGCUAGUUCGUCUCCCAAGAAUGCAUGAGGU